AAGAAGAUUGGUCUGACCAUGCCCUGUGGUGGGAAAGAAGAAGAAACUUGGCUCCUCAAAACUCACUGGACCUUGGUGUAUGGAAUACAGGCUGAUGCGAAGCUGCAGUUCACUCCUCAGCACAAAUUGCUCCGACUCCCCGCUUCCAACUGAAGUAUGUGAAAGUGAAAGUCAACUUCUCUGACAGAGUCUUCAAAGCAGUGUCCGACAUCUGCAAGACCUUCAACAUCAGACAUCCAGAGGAACUCUCCCUCUUGAGAAAACCUAGAGAUCCAACAAAGAAGAAAAAGAAAAAGCUGGAUGACCAGUAUGAAGAUGAGACACUGGAGCUGGAAGGGCCAUUAAUCACCCCAGGAUCAGGGAGCAUUUAUUCAAGUCCAGGACUUUACAGCAAAACGAUGACACCAACCUAUGAUUCCCAUGAUGGAAGCCCCUUAUCGCCAACCUCAGCCUGGUUUGGUGAUAGUGCCUUAUCGGAAGGGAAUCCAGGUAUACUUGCUGUCAGCCAGCCAAUCACUUCCCCAGAAAUCUUAGCCAAAAUGUAUAAGCCACAGACACUUCUGGAUAAGGCCAAGAUCAACCAAGGGUGGCUUGAUUCUUCAAGGUCACUUAUGGAACAAGAUGUGAAGGAGAAUGAAGCCUUACUUCUCCGGUUCAAAUACUACAGCUUCUUUGAUUUGAAUCCUAAGUAUGAUGCAAUCAGAAUCAACCAGCUGUAUGAACAGUCAAAGUGGGCUAUUCUGUUGGAAGAAAUAGAAUGCACAGAGGAGGAGAUGAUGAUGUUUGCAGCAUUACAGUAUCACAUCAAUAAGCUAUCAAUCAUGUCUUCGGAAAAUCACUUAAACAACAGUGACAAAGAAGUGGAUGAAGUUGAUGCUGCUCUUUCUGACCUGGAGAUUACCCUUGAAGGCGGGAAGACCUCCACAAUUCUGGGUGACAUCACUUCGAUACCAGAGCUUGCAGAUUACAUUAAAGUAUUUAAGCCAAAGAAGUUAACACUGAAGGGUUACAAACAGUAUUGGUGCACCUUCAAAGAUACAUCUAUCUCCUGUUACAAGAGCAAAGAAGAAUCCAAUGGGACUCCAGCUCACCAGAUGAACUUGAGAGGAUGUGAAGUGACUCCUGAUGUCAACAUCUCUGGUCAGAAGUUCAACAUAAAACUCUUGAUCCCGGUUGCUGAGGGCAUGAAUGAAAUUUGGCUCCGUUGUGAUAAUGAAAAACAGUAUGCACACUGGAUGGCAGCUUGUCGGUUAGCAUCGAAGGGUAAAACUAUGGCAGACAGUUCAUACAACCUAGAAGUUCAGAACAUCUUGUCCUUUCUGAAAAUGCAGCAUCUGAACCCAGAUCCUCAGAUAAUCAAUGAGCAAGUCACAACAGAUAUCAAUCCCGAAUGUUUGGUUUCCCCAAGAUACCUUAAAAAGUACAAGAACAAGCAGAUCACAGCCCGGAUCUUAGAGGCCCAUCAAAAUGUCGCCCAAAUGAGCCUCAUUGAAGCCAAAAUGAGAUUUAUACAAGCUUGGCAGUCUCUCCCAGAGUUUGGCAUCACACACUUCAUUGCAAGGUUCCAAGGGGGCAAGAAAGAGGAGCUUAUUGGGAUUGCCUACAACCGGCUGAUACGGAUGGAUGCCAGCACCAGUGAUGCCAUCAAGACUUGGCGGUUCAGCAACAUGAAACAGUGGAAUGUGAACUGGGAAAUAAAAAUGGUGACUGUCGAAUUUGCAGAUGACGUCCGAGUGUCCUUCAUCUGCACCGAAGUGGAUUGCAAAGUGGUGCAUGAGUUCAUCGGUGGCUACAUUUUCCUGUCAACACGUGCAAAAGACCAGAACGAAAGCUUAGACGAAGAGAUGUUUUACAAACUGACCAGUGGCUGGGUGUGAGUUGGUCAGGCCCUCCUCAUGUACUGACAUUAAACUCAAUGGCCAUAUUAAUAUUUAACUUCAAAAGCUGUUAUUUGAAAUAUGCUGCUUAAUCAAGUUAAGCUUGAAGUGUAUCUUUUUUUUUUUUCCUUAAAAAAAUAUCAUGGAGCCUUUUGCCUUAGCAGACCAGUCUGUAUGUGCUCUAAACAGCCCUCCCAUUGCUCUGCUAAGAACAAGGCCGCAAUAUGGACCGUCCCACAUGUGCGCUUGUGCCUCUUCUCCCUCCCCACAAGCAAAGGAGGGGCUGAUCAGGUUAAUAUUUCUGACAGUCGUAAGCUAACCAAACCAACAAAAUAUUCUUAAAGCCAUUUAACUAUAAAGAUAUCCAGGGCCUAAUCUAUAUGAAGUCUAUUUAUCAUGUUUAAUGCAUGUUUUGUGAGGUUUUUAAACUAAUAGAUAUAUAUAUAUUGUAAAGUGGACAUCCCGUGUGUUCAGCGUCCUUCCUACUUUGAAGGUAGGCUUUUUGGUGUGCAAUCCAGGAAGGUCUUUCGGCUGCCCCUCUUUCCCUGUUGAUGUCAGUGGGGUUUGCACAUGGACUCCUCUGUGCAACCUGUGGUGCUCGGUGGACAGUGUCCUUUGGCCCUUUGUGUUUUCACACUAUAUAUCCCAGGCCCUUGCAGGAGCCUGGAGCUUUUACAGAAACAAUCAUGCGUGGCCUUGAAAAAAAUACUCCUUCGUUAGCUUUUAAGUCUUUAAUUUUUUCUUUUGAUAAUCAUUUAUAUAUUGUGUGUCUUUGUCUCCUCCUCCUCUCCCUUUCUCUCUCUCUCUCUCUCUCUCUCUCAAUUCUUCCAUCUCUAUUUUAUUUUUUAACACCAUAUUGUAUUACAAACACCUUUAGUAUUCACCAGCAUAGCCACUCUACCUAAGAUAUGCAAAAACUUUUCAUUACAAUAUGAAGUAAAGGUCUAUGAAGUAUAAGGAUUUUGUUUUUGUGUAACUAAUGUAAAAAGAAAAACACAAAUUUUAUAAAACUGUACAGGUUUUUCUUUCUUUUUCUUUUAAAGCUAGUUCCACAAGCCAAAGUAGGAGUUGCAAUAGUAUCGACUAUAUUGGCCUUACAGUAUGUUUUUAAUCUAAGUUAAAAUUCCUGACUAGGUUGUAGCUGUGCCACAAAGCCCUUAAUGAUGAAACUCAGUUGCCUGGAGUUGGGAUUUCCCACCUCAAACAUUAACACUAUAACAGCCAGGGAGACCUCAACCCACCCAAUGCCAAGGCAUAAACCAGUAUUCAGUGUUCAGUAGUCUGUGACAUAAAGACUAUGUACAAAUGCAUUGUAUUUUAAAUAAAGGUCAAAUCUUUUAUUUAA